CACCACCUUCGGGAUUUGGUUCGUGAAGCAAGAUCUCCCUCUCAGUGAAAGGCAGAUGUCCCUUUAAGGUUUGCUUUGCUGCUGCCCGUGGACUUUAGCCUAAACACGGUCCCGCGAAGUUGGCUUUAUUUGUCCAUGUCUCGGACAGAGCCUGGGUGGCUGCCAGUGAGAUUUCAGAGACUUGAGCGCGCAAAGGGGCGGGAGAUGUGGCAAUCCAUCUGGGAUCUGAGAAGCGUGGAGCGGGCUUAACAGCAUUCGACCAAAACACAGGAAAUUACUCCUCCACCGCUCCCGGGCGCUGCAGCCGCUGGGGCCACUGCUGGACACCCGCGGAGACCGCACGGAGUGACCCAGAGCGCGAGUCGCCGGCGCCUGGCUUCUGCCUGUUCCUGCCAGCUCCUGCCCACGAACCAGCACGUCGCUGGUUCCAGCAGCCACUCCAGCAAUGGUCCCCAGGCGCCCUGCCAGCCUAGAGGUCACUGUAGCCUGCAUCUGGAUUCUCACCGUUAUCUUAGGCUUCUGCAUCUCCUUCAACGUUGAUGUGAAAAACUCCAUGAGUUUCAGUGGUCCAGUGGAGGACAUGUUUGGAUAUACUGUUCAACAGUACGAAAACGAAGAAGGCAAAUGGGUUCUUAUUGGUUCUCCUUUAGUUGGCCAACCCAAAGCAAGAACUGGAGAUGUGUAUAAGUGUCCGGUUGGGAGAGAGAGAUCAAUGCCUUGCGUGAAGUUGGAUUUACCAGUUAACACAUCGAUUCCCAAUGUCACAGAAAUAAAGGAAAACAUGACAUUUGGAUCAACUUUAGUCACCAACCCGAAGGGAGGAUUUCUGGCGUGCGGGCCCUUGUAUGCCUAUAGAUGUGGACAUUUGCAUUAUACGACUGGCAUAUGCUCUGAUGUCAGCCCUACAUUUCAAGUUGUGAACUCGUUUGCCCCUGUACAAGAAUGUAGCACACAGCUGGACAUAGUCAUCGUCCUAGAUGGCUCCAACAGCAUCUACCCCUGGGAAAGUGUCACUGCCUUUUUAAAUGACCUUCUCAAGAGGAUGGACAUUGGCCCUAAACAGACACAGGUUGGAAUUGUACAGUAUGGAGCAAACGUGACGCAUGAGUUCAACCUCAAUAAAUAUUCAUCCACAGAAGAGGUCCUGGUGGCAGCAAACAAAAUAGUCCGAAGGGGUGGUCUCCAAACGAUGACAGCCCUUGGAAUAGACACAGCCAGGAAAGAGGCAUUCACUGAAGCUCGGGGGGCCAGAAGGGGAGUGAAAAAAGUCAUGGUUAUUGUGACCGAUGGAGAAUCACAUGACAACUAUCGCCUGAAACAGGUCAUCCAAGACUGUGAGGAUGAAAACAUUCAGCGAUUUUCCAUAGCCAUCCUUGGCCACUAUAACAGGGGGAACUUAAGCACCGAAAAAUUUGUGGAGGAGAUAAAAUCGAUCGCAAGUGAGCCCACGGAAAAGCACUUCUUCAAUGUCUCGGAUGAGUUGGCCCUGGUCACUAUUGUGAAAGCUCUGGGAGAAAGGAUAUUUGCUUUGGAAGCUACAGCUGACCAGUCAGCAGCUUCGUUUGAAAUGGAGAUGUCUCAGACCGGCUUCAGUGCUCAUUAUUCACAGGACUGGGUCAUGCUUGGAGCUGUGGGAGCCUAUGACUGGAAUGGAACUGUGGUCAUGCAGAAGGCUAACCAGAUUGUCAUCCCUCAUAACACCACCUUUCAAACUGAGCCCACCAAGAUGAACGAGCCUCUUGCUUCUUACUUAGGUUACACAGUGAACUCCGCCACCAUCUUUGGAGAUGUGCUCUAUAUCGCUGGGCAGCCUCGGUACAAUCACACGGGCCAGGUCGUCAUCUACAAGAUGGAGGACGGGAACGUCAAUAUUCUGCAGGCACUCAGUGGAGAGCAGAUCGGAUCCUACUUUGGUAGCGUCUUAACCACAAUUGACGUUGACAAAGAUUCUUACACUGAUCUGCUUCUCGUCGGGGCUCCCAUGUAUAUGGGGACAGAGAAAGAGGAACAGGGCAAGGUGUACGUGUACGCUGUGAAUCAGACGAGGUUUGAAUAUCAAAUGAGCCUGGAACCAAUUAAGCAGACCUGCUGUUCAUCCCUGAAGGAUAAUUCUUGCACAAAAGAAAACAAGAAUGAGCCCUGUGGGGCCCGUUUUGGAACAGCAGUUGCUGCUGUAAAAGACCUCAACGUGGAUGGCUUUAAUGACAUCGUGAUUGGAGCGCCCCUGGAAGAUGACCAUGCAGGAGCGGUGUACAUUUAUCAUGGCAGUGGCAAGACCAUAAGGAAAGAGUAUGCACAACGCAUUCCGUCAGGUGGGGAUGGCAAGACACUGAAAUUUUUUGGCCAGUCUAUCCAUGGAGAGAUGGAUUUAAAUGGCGAUGGUCUGACUGACGUGACCAUUGGAGGCCUUGGAGGAGCUGCCCUCUUCUGGGCCAGAGAUGUGGCUGUAGUUAAAGUGACCAUGAAUUUUGAACCCAAUAAAGUGAAUAUUCAAAAGAAAAACUGCCGUGUGGAGGGCAAAGAAACAGUAUGCAUAAAUGCUACAAUGUGUUUUCAUGUGAAAUUGAAGUCUAAAGAAGACUCAGUUUACGAGGCUGAUCUGCAGUACCGUGUCACCCUUGAUUCGCUGAGGCAGAUAUCACGGAGCUUUUUUUCUGGAACUCAGGAAAGGAAGAUUCAAAGAAACAUCACCGUUCGAGAAUCCGAAUGCAUCCGGCACUCCUUCUACAUGUUGGACAAGCAUGACUUUCAGGAUUCUGUGAGAGUGACUUUGGAUUUUAAUCUCACUGAUCCAGAAAACGGGCCCGUGCUUGAUGACGCUCUGCCAAACUCAGUCCAUGGACACAUUCCUUUUGCCAAAGACUGUGGGAACAAGGAAAGAUGCAUUUCCGACCUCACCCUGGAUGUGUCCACCACGGAAAAGAACCUGCUGGUUGUCAGGUCCCAGAAUGACAAGUUCAAUGUCAGCCUCACCGUCAAGAACAAGGGAGACAGUGCAUAUAACACCAGGACAGUGGUUCAAUAUUCUCCAAAUCUGAUUUUUUCAGGAAUUGAGGAGAUCCAAAAAGAUAGCUGUGAAUCCAAUCAAAAUAUCACUUGUAGAGUUGGCUAUCCUUUCCUGAGGACAGGAGACGUGGUUAACUUCAAAAUAAUAUUCCAGUUUAAUACAUCACAUCUCUCAGAAAAUGCAGUCAUUCAUUUAAGUGCAACAAGUGACAGUGAAGAGCCCCUGGAAUCUCUUUACGAUAAUGAAGUAAAUAUUUCCAUCCCAGUAAAAUAUGAAGUCGGACUGCAGUUUUACAGUUCUGCGAGUGAACACCACAUUUCAGUUGCUGCCAACGAGACUAUUCCAGAGCUUAUUAAUUCCACUAAGGACAUUGGGAAUGAAAUUAAUGUCUUCUAUACGAUUAGAAAAAGAGGGCAUUUCCCAAUGCCAGAACUUCGGCUGUCAAUUUCAUUUCCCAAUCUGACGUCAGAUGGCUAUCCUGUACUGUACCCAACUGGAUGGUCAUCUUCUGAUAAUGUGAACUGCAGACCUCGGAGCCUUGAGGAUCCUUUGGGUAUUAACUCUGGGAAGAAAAUGACAAUAUCAAAGUCUGAGGUUCUCAAAAGAGGCACAAUCCAGGAUUGCAGUACCUGCAAGAUUGCCACCAUCACGUGUCAUCUCCUUCCUUCGGACGUGAGUCAAGUGAAUGUCUCACUCACCUUGUGGAAACCAACUUUCAUAAAAGCACAUUUUUCCAGCCUAAAUCUUACCAUACGGGGAGAACUUCAGAGUGAAAACUCAUCGCUGACUUUAAGCAGCAGCAACCGGAAACGAGAGCUGGCUAUUCAGAUAUCCAAAGAUGGGCUCCCAGGCCGAGUGCCGCUGUGGGUUAUCAUCCUGAGCGCCUUCGCAGGACUCCUGCUAUUAAUGCUGCUUAUAUUAGCUCUGUGGAAGAUUGGAUUCUUCAAAAGGCCACUAAAGAAGAAAAUGGAGAAAUGAAAUAUUUAAGGAAAAAAAAACAAUAACAACUAUUCAACAAUCUAUCCUCAGGUUUGCCUAAAUCAUGUGAGAAGAAAUUCAGAAAUAUAGCCAAAGACAUGGUCACAUAACUCUGUAAUCCAUCAUCCAUCUGGGAUUGCUUACUUGGAAAGAGACAGAUCAAGUGUGACCCAGAAAGGCUACCCAAAGAUACAGUGUAGAAAGCAAUGGGAAAUAUUUUUAAUAAUUACUCAUUUUUGCUGAGUAAGUGAAAUGACAAAAUGUUUUAAAGAAGAAUCAUCAGUAUAAGUACGUUUAUGUGUUUACGUGCCACACAGAGUAUCUUAAGGGAUGCACAAAAAGAGCUUUGUGUUCCGUGAAGCAGUUACUCUCAGCACAAUAUAAAUAAAGAAUCUCCCCUUGGUUAUAUUUUCAGAGUGACACUCAGCAUUUGUAAAUGACAACAGAGAAUGAUGUGAAAAGGAGGCUCUCCCAGUUCAAAUGAGAAAAACUUUCCUUAGCCAAGCCCAUAUACAAUAUGGGCUGAAAAUAGAAUUAAAUCAUGGGUGACACUCAGUGACUUCAUGGGUCCCAUAAGUUGGAAAGAGUAUUUUCUAGUAUGAUUGGAAAAUAGUGCAGUUGAGCUUACAUUCUAUGUAGAAUAGACAGUCAAGAUGGCGUCCUUAUUUAAAAAUGAGCGCACUGAAUCUAUUAAUUUAAACUUUUACAGAAAGUAAAACUGCUUAAUUUAUAUUGAGCUCUAAAACGUAGAACUCCUUUAUAAUUUUAUAUAUAUGUAAAGUUGAAGCAGCCUGUGUAGCAUAACAGAGAUAAGUCAUGAAAAGCCACACCGUGUUUCUUAAUGAAACGCGAGCAUACAUAGGUGACCCAAUGAAGCUGAUGUCACCUUUGCUGAGUAGUUAUUUAAUGUUAGGGCUUCUGGAAUGUGUCAUUAAGUAGGGGGCUUCUCCACUCUGGUAUAGGAAUCAUGUAAAACCACAAACUAUGACUGUUUAUUUUUAAUUUUUUUUCAAUUUUCUAAACACAUUUUAUUUUGUUAUUGAAAAAGCAGUCACCCAGGCUAAUGUUUAUAUUGCACCAAGAGCGCACUGCUUUCGAACAUGGUGUAUCAGAAUUUAACUAGAAAACCAGGUAACUUAAAGAAUUUAUAUCUUGAAAACAUAUACUAACAGAGACAUACAACUCAUUUGUUUGCACUUCUGUGUUCCUGAAGUAAUCCCUAAGGCCCUUGGACUCUGCUGUAACAUAAGCUUCCAGAUUGCUCCAUUUCAAUUACAGUGAAUGAAUGUACAGUAUCAUCGUGUGUGAACUACUGCUGUCAAAUGUGCCGAUCCUCCUGCCCCAAAGCCACCUCUCAACAUGAUUGCCCACUGUAAGACCUGUCAAUAUCCAGAAGGAGCUGGGCUCCGCUCUCCUCAAAACCCAGCAAGCCAGUGGAGAAAUUACAUGCUAUUGGUUUGAUAUUUUAAAAAAAUUAUUUCUGAGAAUUAUCUUAGGGCUCAGAUUCAGCCUCUUGGCUUUCCAUCCUUCCAUGUCAAAUCCUAAGGGUUAAAGGAUGGAUGAUACUACAGUCAUGCCUGGCUGGAAGAGAGAUGGACGGGAAGCUAGAAGAAAGAUGCGCUCCAUUCUCCCUCUCUCGCUAGCUUAGAAGUCAUAAUUUCCUCCCGUUCUUUUCCCAACAGAACUCAGAUGUUUCUUGCUCAGUUACCAUGGUGCCCAACUCCAGUACAUACACACCCAGUGGCCCCACUCCUAGCUCCAUGCCUUUAGAAAUGAAAUUCAUCGAAUACAUGUAGAUUCAUCUUUGAUGUAAGGGGCUACAAGGCACUGAACUUCUCACACAGAGCUAUUAGUGGGUAUAUUUAAACUAAAUAUGUUGUUGAGCCAAAGUGGGGAUGCAGAAACCAAGAUAUUUUGAGCUUUUAAAAAAGGAGAAGAAGAGCUGUUUGGCCAGAUAAAAAGAUGUUAAAGCCACUUGCCUGCCAGGUUUUAGCAUAAAUUAUUCCUGGUUAGUAGGAAAUAAGGAACCAGACAUCUCAUUUCUCUAUAGACAUAAUUGAGUCUGUGUGUAUAUGUAUGUAGUUGUAUGUACACACAUAAGCAUACCAUUUAAACCCAGAGCAGUUGAAGAAUACCAAAAGCUAGAUUUUAUAAAACAUAAAAAAGAAAACACACAAAAGGUGUGUGUGCCAGGGAUGAACCAUUUAUUUCCUUUGCUUUGCAUACAAUAUUCACUCCUAUUAAUAUUUAAGUUUAGUUGUUCUUUCAUAAACUAAAAACCUAAAUGCAGAGGCUUUAAUCUUAAAAAUGUUAACAGAUGUCCCAGUUUAACUUUAUGGGAAUCUUCUAGAAUGUAUAAAUAAUUAAGAAAUAUAUUAAACUCUAUAAUGCUAUUUUAAGACAAUAAGAAAAUUGUCUGAUACUUUAGACUAUUUACAAACUCAUCGAUUAAACUAAAUCACCAAAUAUUUUGGAACUUUUUUAAAGCACUGUUGCUUCCACUAUUAACUAAACUUUGCAUGUCUUCUCUUUCCUGAGUCACACAAUGGAACACAAAUAAAUUACUCAACAACUUGUUCUUCAAGGGGAAGAAGUACCCCGAUAUCUAACUUGUGUGGCUUCAUUAUUCUCCUCAAAGCCACUUUCAGGCAUCUAGUAUGACCCUAUUCGGCUUACAGAAUUCCUAGAAAUGUGUGUCCGGUCUUACUAACUAGUUUGAGAGACUGUAGCAGACCCCUGACAUAAGCUACAUUCUACAUACUAGAAUAAUUGAUGGAUAGAGGUGCAGGCCAGUGUUCAGAGUCUGUAAACACACGUGAGCACACGCGACAAUCAAACUUCAAGUUGUGCUGAAUUUACUGGCCAAGUCAGUCCCAAAAGCUAGAAUGCUGAAGAUUUGUCAUAUUUUAGCUUUAGUAUCUAAAAUUAAUCAUUCUUUAAUAUGAAUAAAGUAAUAUGAACUUGAAGGAGGAAGAGAAUAAAGGCAAGAAAAUACAGAGGGUUACAUUCCUUGAGAGUCAGAGCUACUCAAGAGGCACCACACACUCACACACACACACACACACACACACACACACACAAACUGUCCCACUUCCUCACCCAACUCAUAGGCCUGGAAGCAGCCUGAGGGAAAACCUCCCUUGACAAAUAUUUAUAGCUUCUGCGGUCCAAUUUAAACAUCAACGAUGAAAUUAGUUAAAUUGGUUUUCUUUUUUGUUUUUCCGGUUUCUUUUUUUCUUUUUUCUUUUUUUAACUUAAUAACCUUUAUUGCCCCCAGGAUAAGACAGUUGACCUACUUCCCAGCCUCCAUUAGGAUGCAGAGCCAAACAAAUGACAUUCCACUGCAGGCCAGGUCACAAGUGCCCUUCUACACUUGUAGGACUGGAACAUGCCCUGGCCAGGCAAAAUUACUCUGACAGAGCAACAAUCAGGUCCCUUUUCUUAUGAUGGCAAAAUGAUGCUCUAUACACUGUGAAAGAAAAUUGGGGAAGACAAGGAAAUGAACCCGAAUACCAGAGGGACAGGCUGGGCUCCCAGGCACUAGGAUUAUGGGCAAUGUAGACCCUAAAUAUUUUUUUUUGCCAUAAAUAUACUUGAAAAAAGAAAUUUCUUUAAUGAACCAAGGUCCAGGCUCAAUUUUGGAAAGCAAAUUUGUACCUAAAGGAAAAAAAGCAUCGUCUGUAAUGGAGUAGGACUGCAUUGCAGUAGAGGCUGUGUAGAAAGUCAGGGGUUGACUCAUAGUAGGUCCACAGUUAGCACACUGAACGACAGCCAUUGGUUGCCAUGGAGUGUGCUUUUCCAUAGCAGCAUCUUUGCCGAACAUACCAUCAGUUUCACAUGAAAUCCCUAUCCUGUUCUGCAUAGUGAUGAGCAAACUGGAGAAGACCCAGACCAGACCAGACCUGUCUCGUGUCCCAGGCCCAGAUUGUCUCAUGUCCCAGGAACGUGUUCCCAUCCCAAUAAAGUGACUUCUGGAAAAUUAGAUGCUCAGAAUAGCAUUUUAGGCACUCCUCAUUCAUUCCCCAGACCUCCCAAGCAUCCUUCCCCCAUCACUCUUCUCAAAUAAAGGUUUCAGGAAGACUGCAUUGGUAGCCUGUCACUAAGACAUGUACUCCUUUUGCUACAAACGCCAACUUCACUGAAUGGAUAAUUCAUUCAGGGUUUCCAACCCAGUUUCCCAUAAUGACACUCCAAAGGGUUGGCCUGUAAUACAAUGUACUUCUGAGAUGCAGCCUCCUUCCUGAAGAUGUUUACAACCACUUGGGUGACUGUUCUCUGUAGUUCUAUGGGAGAAAUGGGAAGGAAUUAGACCUUCGGCUACUGCUCUUGAGUAUUCUACAUUCCCUAUUUUCUCCCAAGGACCAGGUCUAAAACCUGAAGGAAGGGCAUUUUGCUCAAGCUGAUGCUGCUUUAAAAUUGUGACAUAAAAAUUAAUUGCCUAUAAAAGACUUUAAAGGCAGUUACAACUUCAAAAUGAGUACCCUGAGCUCCAACUUCCGAUUGGACAGUGGCCCCCACAGCUCCAUCUACCCAGAUUCCAGAAACCACCACUGCCCAAUCACUCUGUACUAAAAGAGAAGUCAGAGCCCAUUGCAAAAGGCCACAUACAAGGCUGGGUGUAGCCCAGUGGCUAAGUGCAGAGCGAACUCAUGCAAGGCCCUAGUUUUGGGCUCAAGUACCGCAUGAGGCAGAAGAGCCUGAUCAUGUCACCAUUUUUCAAAUGGAAGUACUCUGGUACAACACUAUUAAAAAGAUACAUAAAUUUCCUUUGAAAUCAUAGGAGAAAAAGCAAUGGCGUUAAACUACAGCGUUGGAUCUUGUUUGCUAAUGGACCUCUUUCAUCCUCAUAUGAGAACUGUACUUGAAUGUAGAAGUUCAGCGUGAUAGGUUUAACCACAAACCUUGAGGAAUACACAGUAGCUUGGAGAGUCAGGCAAGCCCCAGCCCUAGGGCCCUAACCAUCUGCCCUGGGGAGUAUAGGACCCCUAACCUAUGGAAAUAGAUCAGCUAACAUGACCAAGGGCCUGAGCUCAAGUUGAGAACCUCCACUGGCCCCCCCACAGCCAAGGCUCAGUUCCCCCUCCUCAGCCACACUUAAGAAGCAUUUCUUGGUGAAAUGUUACUGCACCAAAGAUGUGCAAGGCUGAGAUUCACUUAUCACUGUUGGUUUUGAGAGCAGCUCUGUUUGUUUACAUUGUUGCUUGCGUACUGCAAUCUCCACCCCCACCCCAUGAGAUCAGACUCCCCCCCCUCCCCCCCACCCCCCCCCCCCCCGUGCACGGCCUGCAGGAUUGAGAUGGUAGAAGAUGACAGGAGCUAGAGUCUAUUUGCAGCCCUCCUCCCUCCCUCCACCAGGAGAUGCUUCCUCCGAAGGGUUGUCCCAUGCCACAUGCCCCUUGUGGGGAUCAGGCUAGUGUCCUCUUAUAGUUUGUGACCAAAGACUCUGAAAUCCCUCACUUAUCCCAGCAUGGGAAUCAAGACUAUAAAGCAGGGACCAAGGACACUCAGCACUGUGACGUUUGGCAUUUGUGUUUUAAGGUACAGGUCUAAAGAAAGGAGUGUGGGGUUUAGAGACUCUUAUACCACAGUUUGAGGCUGGAUAUCUGAUCUUUCAUGUGUUUGAUCUAUGCAUAUAAACUAAGAACAAAAAUUUUCAAAGAAAGAAAGAAAGAAAGAAAGAAAGAAAGAAAGAAAGAAAGAAAGAAAGAAAGAAAGAAAGAAAGAAAGACUAAAAGACAGAAAGACAGAAAGAAAAUGUCCGAAGGCAUCAGAGUGAAAACCCACUGUGUUCAUGAGUAACCCCUGGCGACACUGUCUAUCCCCACAUCUGUAUUCUAAGAGGCAGAGAGAGAUGGAGUGAGAGAGCAGAGGAGAGAGGAGACAUGAGUAUUGUUCUUCUCUUCCUCCUUGGAGCAACCACAGUGAGGGAAGCCACUGCAUGUAGAUUCAAUGUAGCAUAAUAACUUAAACUUUGAUACAUACACAAGAAACAGGGGUAGAACAAGGACUCGAAACUCCCUAUCUGAUUUCUGACAACCUAAUCCAUGAAAAUGGCCAAAGCCUCCUGGGACCACCUGUGUUCCACCCACAGCAGUCCCAAAUGUGCUUGGCACUGUGAGAGCAAAAGUGUACUCUUUCUUAUAAACUACCCCAGGCUAAGUGUCUGGGCUUAACACACCCCAGCCUUAUAUGAAAACCAUUGUCUGAAACAACAGUUUGGAGAUUCUGCACCCUAGAGCCGGUCCACAGAGGAGAUCCUGGUGGUUAGCCUUUGGGUCUGAGAAGCCCGCUGCCCUCACUCAGGAAGCAACAGGUCCUGGCUGCAGGAAACUCUGGCAUGCGGGGAUGGUCUGCUGAGUGUUACUACUGUGAAGCUGUCCUGAUGGUUAAUAUGCAGUGUGCACUCUGUAUCCAUUGUCUUAAGAAGAAGUACAUUGCAUUUAGGAACUACUUCCCUGGAGCUUCGGUUCCACUUCCGGUGCGCCAUUCCGCAUCGCCUAAAUGAAGGUAUCACAUUGCUCAUUUUGUUAACUUACCUCAAACUCAUCAAAGGGACGACGUAAGGGUAUGUGCAUAGACUUAGUAGAAAAUGAUUAGGUAAAAGAAAAAAGAAUGCUCUGUUGACAUUCAAGAACAAAGAAGCACAACCUUUUCCAUAGAAAUUCAUAGGAUCGGCUGCCAGGGGACAGUCAUUUGAGAGGUAUAAUUAGAAUUAGCUGAGUGUGUGAAAGAGCCUUUUGAAUGCACUGUGUACGCCAUAUCCUGCACACUGUCCUGAGGUCAAAGGUUUGAUAUUUUUGUAUAAUUCCUUCUUAUCUUGUACACCCACUGUGUGAUUUACGUCAAGGUAAAUGAACAUCCUGUUUUAUGUCUUAAAUAAAAAAAAUGUCUCAAAUUAAAAAAUGUGAUUACUGUUAUGUUGAAUACAGAUUUUCUCCAAAAUGAGUGUGGCUUCUUUCAAAGU